AUAUUAUUGCAGUACUGUGGCUGUUACUUGUUACUGGUUACUAUUAUAGAUAGUAUCCUCAGUCAAGCAAACUGCGUCAACGACAUACAAUCAACUGGGUCGAAGAAUUCCUCUGAUAACGUCGUAUUAUUGAAUCACACAGCAACUAUCGUCAUUCACUAGUACUUGGCUGAUCCGAUUGCCGCAAAGACAAAACUUAGUUGACUUUGUUUCCAGUUGAAAGUUGUUUCCAGUUGCUUGAAGUUCUUAAAACUGUUCCGUAUUGUACUGCUGCCGAAUGCCGAUCGUCGAGCCAAGAUAGCCUGUGCGCCGUACCGGCUGAAAGUCCAACAGUUAUCGUGUUGCCUUGUUGACAUUUCUAUCUCCAUUAUAAUUUGUGAUAACUAGUUAGCUACCUUCAGCAUCAACAGUGUUAACUUUCAUUACGAUACUUGAUCAAUACAGUGUUCUAAUUUUAGGCAAGAUAGCAAAACGCACACAAAGCCUGUAGUAGUAUUUUCCCACCCUAAUGGCGCUAAGGCAAGGAGUUCCGGUUACCCUGUACCUGGACUUCGGUACCGCGUACAUCAAAGCCGCUAUCCAGUGUCCCGAUGGCGAAGUGAAACCGUUGUCGUUUAACGGCCAAAAUGCCUUGCCCGCGUACCUCUUCCUGUCCUCCGAGCCGGGCGAGAAUUUCGUGGGACUGAACGCCCGGGAACUGUCUAACACCAGCACCCGAAAUAUCGUGUUGUACCCGGCGCUCUUCCUGCGCAAAGAUGCCAUACCGACGGCGUGCGACAGCUACAACAGCAGUCCAUGGGUGGACUUUGCCAUGCCCUUCACGACGUACGUCCAAGCCAGCGGCCUGUGUUCCCUGUUAGUGGGCGCCACCGGAUACCUCGACUACGACACCGCCACCGACAAAAGUAACCGGGUCCUGGACGGAACCGGUGCUUGGAUCAACGCUGUCAAAGUAAACCGCGCGUUCUUAAAUAAACUACGGGAAAUCUGCCAGGAACAGGAUGACCAGUACAGCAUCGUCAACUGCGUCAUCGCCGUACACGAGCUGUCUUCCGUGGACGGCUGGCUACGGCAGGCACUGCACACUAGUGUUUUUGAGGAUUAUCAUCUGAAAGAACGCAGUACCGCUCAAAUUACCGGCCUGCUGCGACAGUUCCCGAGUCUGCGCAAACGCUCGCAGAUUUUGGUUCUUCGCAUGGGCGCGGCGUUCUCUACGCUUUGCGUCUAUACCACGCAACCGGAACCGGUGUUGCUAGCGUCGUGGACGGAGACUUUUGGCGGGAACAACAUUGAUGUCAUUCUGGUGCAGUAUUGUUUGAAGAAAUUCGUUGAACUCUACCGCUUGAACGGCAAUGUACAGUUCUCCGUGGAUAACCUGCACCGGCUACGCCUGAAUUGUGAAGCGGUGAAGAUUCAGCUGUCCACCACGAAAGCGGUGACCCUGCGGGUGAAUCAGUUCUUCCAGGGAGGCGAUCUGGUGGUAGAGAUGACCAGUGAGAUCUUUCGGGAUUUGGUAGGCGGGGAUUGCUAUAAGGCGCUGAAGACGUUGGUGGGCGAAGUGGACCGGUUUUUCAGCGGGCAAAAACGAGAUUUUGAGCUGGUACUCGUGGGUGGAACGUCCAAGAUUCCGCUAGUGCAGGAUAUCGUAACAUGGACGCUUCAGAAACCAAACCAACAGGUACGCAGCGUCAUGGAUGGUCUGGUCAUCAGCGGCCUAACGCGCCUACCGCCGCCGGCUAAAGCAUUGGCAAAGCCUGCGAGUAGUGCUCCUCGUCCUUCGACCACGCAGCACUUAUCUAACCGAAGGCCAAUCGAACCCGCUACCACGCACCAGACCCUGUAUAAUACCGCCCCAAGCGCAUCAUAUACGUUCUUCGACCCGAACCCAUUUCGGGCGCUUUCUUCUGGCCAGACAGCGCCGCAAUCUGGAAGCGAAUCGUACAGCAGCGGCAGUGUGCAGACCGCACCGGCCACUACAAUGGCCCCUUUACCAAAUUCACGCUUGGCGCCGUUUCCCAGUGUGGUGGAGACUUCGCACUCAAUGACAGGUCGCAAACAAAUCAGUGCUGAAAAUGUGGAAGCCACACUAGUAUCUAGAGGCGGCGUUCAGACCGGCUCCUCAUCAGGAAGCCGCACCGCAUCUCCACACCGUUCCGACGAAGCUCAACCAUCCACCAGCAACUUCAGUAUAUCCGGCGAAAAUAAAGCGCGUUUGCACUCGGCAACUCCGCUACCGGAUGUCGUCAAUGCAGAGUUCGCGCGAAAUACAGCGGGGACGUCGCGUUCCGCCAGUGAAAGCCCAACCAUCCGGAAAACCGAACAAACCACACCACCGCCAACCGCUCGGUUCGGUGGGCUGCGAAGCGUGACAAACGUGGAGAGCAACCGCACAGUUAUCACGAUGCAACCGGAAACUGAAAUCCACACGGCACUGAUCGUCAAGGACAACUCUGUUCCCACCAACAAUGACGUUAACACAUGGCCGCCUGCUAUCGUGACUCCGAGAACACCAAAUUCCGUCUCUACCCCUGCCAAGGAAGAGGUUUGCACUGAGAUCAGACAUCAGCGCUCUGAGAUCCCGGCGACAGAGUUCCUUAAUACCCGAGAGCCGAUUGACUCCGGAGCAUUGCAGCAUGACCUUUCGCUGCAUGAACACGGAACUGAACGACAGAAGAACGGAUUAUCGGCUUCACAAAAUUCCGCACCGGCACCUAGCGAGAAGAACGCCCUGCCGCCGGCACCGCUCCCGCCGGUUCGUCGGGAAAGUGUCCAAACUGGAAAUUCGUCGAAGAAUACCGCUCUGAUCCACCAAGCGGUUCCCAUUUCAAAAAUGGUUCUUACGAUGCAGAGCGCCGUCAUCCACCAGCCAAAUUACAGUAAUUAUAGUGGCGGCACCGCCCCACGUGUCACGGACGUCAGAUAUCCGUGCGGUGAGGUCGAAGCGCCGCUUUCCGACGACGAAUUUAGCCUUACUUCGGAAGAUGAAGAAGAGAAAGAUGGUACGAUGUGUCCCAAUUGCUACGGAACGCUUGUUUAGCGCUAAAUCGCUCUUUCAAAGACAUAUAUGUAUAUAUACACUUUCUGACAGAAAAUUUAGUAUAGUUAUUACUAACCGAUUCCCAAACGAAUAAUAAGCAUGCUUAAAAAUUCCACCAGAACUGGUGCCCUUAAUUGUUUCUUGCUCACCAUGU